UUUAAACCAGAGAAGCUAAAAAACCUUGUUGUCGCAAUGGUCACGAAUAAGACUUAUACUGAAAGAGCAGAAGCUCACCCAUCCCCGGUAGCUCAAAAGUUAUUCAAACUUAUGGAUUCUAAGAAGACAAAUUUAUGUGCUUCUGUUGAUGUCAAAACUACAAAAGAAUUUUUAGACUUAAUUGAUCAGUUAGGUCCAUUCAUUUGUUUGGUGAAGACUCACAUCGAUAUAAUCGAUGACUUUUCCUACGAAGGAACAAUUGUUCCAUUGCUAGAACUCGCCAAAAAGCAUCAAUUUAUGAUUUUUGAAGAUCGUAAAUUUGCUGAUAUUGGUAACACUGUUAAAUCUCAAUAUUCUGGUGGUGUUUAUAAAAUUGCUCAAUGGUCAGACAUCACUAAUGCCCACAGUAUAACAGGUAAUGGUAUUGUUCAAGGGUUGAAAGAAGCUGCUAAAGAGACUACCAGUGAACCAAGAGGUUUAUUGAUGUUAGCAGAAUUAUCCUCAAAAGGUUCAUUGGCUUAUGGUGAAUACACUGAAAAAACAGUUGAUAUAGCUAAAACUGAUAAAGAAUUUGUUAUUGGAUUUAUAGCUCAAAGAGAUAUGGGUGGAGUUGAAGAGGGAUUUGAUUGGAUCAUCAUGACUCCAGGUGUCGGGUUGGAUGAUAAAGGAGACGGUUUGGGUCAACAAUAUAGAACUGUUAAUGAAGUUGUUUCUACUGGUACUGACAUCAUUAUUGUUGGUAGAGGUUUAUUCGGUAAAGGAAGAGACCCAAGUACUGAAGGUCAAAGAUACAGAGCUGCUGGUUGGAACGCUUACUUAAAGAAGACUGGUCAAUUAUAAGAUAUACGUGAGUAAAUAUGAUCAAUAUUAUACAGUUAAUAAAUAUAAACGAGAGAAAAAAAUUAUAUAAAAGAA